AUGGCACAGAACGGAGCAGUUCCCGAACUUCCAGAAUCCGUCUCGAAACCUCCCGAAGGCAUUGUCCUGCCGCCCAAGGACAUAAGAGCCAUUGUCGAAAAGACUGCCGGCUACGUGGCGCGCAACGGCCCGGUCUUCGAAGAUCGCAUCCGCGACAAGGAGCAAGCGAAUCCGAAAUUCUCCUUCCUCUCUCCUCACGAUGCGUACGCUCCUUUCUAUCAGUGGCGACUGUCUGAAGUGCGUUCGGGACGAGGCACGGCUGUGUCCGCUGGGAGACCAGGAGAUGCGACCCCCAUGCCAGAAAAACCAAAAGGCCCAGAACCACCUCCGGAGUUUCAAUUCAGUGCGCGAAUGCCUAAUAUCAGUGCUUUGGACCUGGAAGUGGUCAAACUCACAGCUCUGCAUGUUGCUCGCAAGGGCAAGAGUUGGAUGACGGCCCUGUCGCAACGAGAAGCCCGAAAUUACCAGUUCGACUUCCUCCGCCCGCAACACUCGCUCUAUAACUUCUUCCAGCGCCUUGUUGAUCAAUUCACAAUCCUCCUUCAGACGGGCCCAGAAGGUCAAAAGACAGAACAAGCCCGCAUCCAAGUACUCCAAGCCAACAUCCAGGACCGAUUUCGGGUGCUGAAUCUAGCAAAGAAACGGUCGGAAUACAUCAAAUGGCAGGAAACCCAAAAACAGAAGAAAGAAGAGGUAGAAGAGGCCGAACGAAUAGCCUAUGCCCAGAUUGACUGGCACGACUUUGUGGUCGUCGAAACAGUACUGUUCACCGAAGCAGAUGAGCAGGCCGAUCUUCCUCCUCCAACCACACUGAAUGAUCUCCAGAGCGCGAGUCUCGAGCAGAAAGCGAUGAUGAGCCUGGCUAGACCAGACAUGCGGAUCGAAGAGGCCAUGCCUACAGAAGACAUGAGCGGCUAUGCCUACAACGAUCAAUUCGGAGGAUAUCCUCAGGCCAACGGCUGGGCUCCUCCCCCAGAAGCGCCUGCCCCAGCGGCAGUGCCAGGAUAUACUCCGUCCCCUGUGCCGCAACAACCCUCGCCAGCCAUACCUCAAAUCCCGACACCAAUACCAUCCUACCCAUCUCCUGCUCCUCCCGUUCCCUCCCCGCAACCUCUAUCAGUGCCCAUACAGCAACCACCUCCCCCAACGGCUUCUCCCGCCCCAGUACCAGGUCAACCUCCCAUGCGCAUAAAACAAGAUUACAUCCCGCGCGCCCAACAACGUGCGGCCACCGCUCGUGCCGCUACAGCCCUGUGUCCAAAUUGCGGCCAACAGAUCCCCGUCGCCGAGCUCGACGCUCAUUUGCGCAUCGAGUUACUCGACCCGAGGUGGAAAGAGCAGCAGUCUAAAGCUGCGCAGCGGUUUUCGACUACGAAUCUGGGUGGUACGGAUGUUGCAGCGAAUCUGAAGAGGCUGAGGGCGAGGACGGAUGGAGUCACCAGCGACCCAGUCGCGGAGGCGGCAGCCAGGGUCUUGGGCGAACAAGAGGAGGAGGAAAGGAGGAAGAGGUUGAAGCUUGACAGCCAGCCUGGGGCGCCAGCGUAUCCUGCCGUGGGAGCACAGAUGCAGGGCGGGCAGCAUUCAACGGAUGUGCAGGAGCAAAUCCGGCAGAUCCACAGCAAGUACAAGUCGUGA